CAACCAAACAACCAAACAACCAGACCAGAACAAUGACAAUCUCCCUCCUCCUCCUCGGCACCCGCAACCCCACCAUCCCCCCCUCAACCUUCAAAGCCCACCUCGAAUCCCACGUCGAGCUCAUAAAGCGCCUCACUGGCGACGCUUUCCCCCUCGCCCACCGGCGGAGCUACAUCCUACGCACGACACAAUCGGAUUUCGAGUUCGACUCGGUCGCGGAAUUGACGUUUGAGGAUCAGGCGGCGUUGGAGAGGUUUCAGGCGAGGGUGAGGGCGCCGGAGGCGGCGAAGCUGUUGAAGGAGGAUGAGGAUCGGUUUUCGGAUAGAGGGAGGCUUUGUAUUGUGCGGUUGGGGGAGGUGGUUGAGACGAGGAGAUGAAAGCGAAAGUCGGGGGGGGAGGUGGAUGAGGG